UCAUGUUUUGGCCCCUCUUCUUUGGUUAAAAAACACAUGGUUAUGUAUCCAAAAAGUUGUGAAAACAUGUUUUUAUGCAAGAUACCCAACAUGAUUUUGGAUACCGUAGGAUCCAAACGACAGUUUCCAGAAGUCAUUUUCUAAAUUGGGGCAAGUAAGCUGUUAGGAUACUGCGCGUAGUCGAGGGCCAUCGCGUCGGUUUCUAUACUGGGGGAAGCGACGAACGGUUCUGCUUUAUUUUUUUCUACGAUUCCGAUUCAUACAAGCUAGAGGCAGGUUUGCUCCAACUAGAGAUGGGAGGAAGAGGAAUAAUUGGGGACAAAUGGUCACUUAGAAUACUAUGGUUCUGUGCAAUUGGAAGCGCAAUUGGCCUCUGGAUGGUUGGUGUUGAGAGACAGACACAAAAUAUGGAACGCAAUAUGGCUCAAAGUUUAAGGGAUUUGGAUUCAGCUGCAGAUGGGCAAUCCGAUGGCGAGGAAGUUUAAAAGAAAACGAUUAUUAUGAGCAGGAUAUCAAGCAGUUUUUUCUAUUCUGCCAAUUUUGACUGAGGGCAGUCUUCGUCCUCUUUUGUUUGGAACGUGCCUUUCAUGUAUUGUUGUGUCUUAGGCAGGAAAUCAAUAAUAAGCUGUUGAAAAUGAAUAACUCUGUAUCUUGUCAUCACCCUUUUGAAUUUAGUAUCUACUCUCUAUGCUUAAUCCUGCUUCCCUGGGAAUGCCGAUCCCCAUCAGAAGAGAAUUCAAUCUUAUCAGUUUGGCAUUGUCAUAAUCCUUUGCAUGUGGACGUGUUCUUACUAUGUUUAGUUUUAGCACAUUAUGUGCACUCAUUCAUCACACUUGGUGUGUUUGUAUAACUGUUGAGAUUUGUUUAUGCUAUGUUUAUGGUGCUUAGUGUUGUGUUUUUUAUGGUCUCAAGGAGAGGUCUAUUCUUUAUUGUUUGACUUUUCCUGACAGAAUCAAAUUUCAAGAUUUGAAUUGCAGUGUCCUUUGAAAAAAGGCUUGAACUGCAGAGAUUUAUUUGUCUCCCAGAUGAUCAACCAAGUGCUGGGAGUUGCUCAAACAAUUGCUGAGCACCUCCAAAAAUGUGCAUGUAUGAAAUCACUGAAGCAAAUCCAUGCUCAAAUUUUCCGACAUGGACUCAUCCGAGAUAACUUAUUGGCAGUGAAGCUUGUGGCUUUCUGCAGCAAAGCUUCGGGUGAUAUAGAUUAUGCUCGCCUGGUAUUCAAUUGGACUAUUGAUACUGCAAAUGUCUUCCUCUGGACUGCCAUGAUAACAGGUUAUGCCAAGAAUCAAUCUCAAGUUACCAAGGAAGCCAUUAUGUUAUAUAAGCAGAUGCACCAGCAUGGUGUCCCACCAAACAGCUUUACUUUCUCAUCUUCUCUCAAAGCUUGCUCCUUUUUAGUGGCCUCAAAUGAAGGGAGACAAAUCCAAUCACAGGCUUUUAAAUUGGGGCUCGAUGCUGACAUAUAUGUACAGACUACCCUUGUUGAUAUGUAUGCCAAAUUUGGUUGCAUUGAAGCAGCUCGUCAACUCUUCGACUCAAUGCAGGAAAGAAACUUGGUUGUGUGGAAUGCCAUGCUUGUGGGUUAUUCCAAGUCUGGUUGGGUUGCGGCGGCACGUGCAUUGUUUGACGAGAUGCCUGAGAGGGAUUCUAUUUCAUGGACUGCUAUGAUCACUGGUUAUACUAAUCGGGGAGAUAUGUGGGCUGCACAAGCUCUCUUUGAUCAGAUGUCAAAUAGAGAAGUAGUAACAUCUUGGAAUGCUUUGAUUGCUGGGUAUUCUCAUUGCGGGGAGUUGAUUGAAGCCCUAGGGUUAUUUGAUUUGAUGCUGGCCGAGAAUGUGAAACCCAAUCAGGUAACAAUGGCUAUCGUGAUAUCAGUAUGUGGUCAAUUGGGAGCUCUGGUUAGGGCAAGGUGGGUGCAUGAAUACGUGAAAGCAAGUGGGCUGGAGAUGAAUGUUUAUGUUUACAAUUCCUUGAUCGAUAUGUAUGGCAAAUGUGGGAGUCUUGAUGAGGCUUACAAGGUGUUUUGUGAAAUACCCAUGAAGGAUACAGUAUCCUACAAUGCAAUGAUUGUGGGGUUAGCCAACCAUGGGUAUGGCAACGAUGCCCUUAAGCUUUUCUUGGAGUUACAGAACAUCGGAUUGUGGCCCGAUAGGAUCACCUUCAUUGGUGUUUUAACUGCUUGUAGCCAUACUGGAUUGGUGAGAGAGGGUCGAGAAUAUUUCGAAUGCAUGACCAAGGUUUACGAGAUUGAGCCCUCUGUCGAUCACUAUGCUUGCAUGGUUGAUCUUCUCGGGCGUGCAGGGUGUGUGGAGGAGGCUCACAAGGUGGUGGAGGGGAUGGCAGUGGUGCCGCAUGCAGGUGUAUGGGGAGCUCUGCUUAGUGCAUGCGGGAUCCAUGGUAAUUUGGAAGUAGCUGAAAUUGCUGCAAAGAACCUUUUCGAAAUAGAACCUGGCAAUCCAGGUAACUACGUAUUGCUAUCCAACAUCUAUGCGAGAGCGAGGAGGUGGGAUGAUGUUGCAAAGGUGAGGAGGUUGAUGAGAGGUAAGGGAGUAGCUAAAACAGCAGGGUGCAGUUGGAUUGAGGUGAAUAAUGAAGUAUAUAAAUUUCUCAUUGGAGAUACCACUCACCCUAUAUCCCAUUAUAUUUAUUCCACGUUGAGGCAACUUUCUCUGCACUUGAUGUUUGUUGGUUAUGAAUCGGAUUUUGGCUCCAAAGCACAUGAUUACCUUUCUUGAAUGAUCUGAGUUGUUCAUGAUGUUUG